GUCUGGGGAUGCCUGGGUUGGGGUUGCCGAGGAGUUUGUGGUUGCCCGGGUUGAGGGGUGUCCAGGUUGGGGUUCUCUGGUGUCAAGGGGUCUGGGGGUGCCCAGGUUGGGAUUCCUCAGGGGUCUUGGGGUGCCUGGGUUGGGGGGUGCCCAGCAUCAGGGUUCUCCAGGGGUCUGGGGGUGCCCGGCUUGGGGGGUGCCCAGAUUGGGGAUUGCCCAGGUUGGGGUUCCCUGGGGGUCUGGAGGUGCCCGAGACACGAGUGCCAGGAUUCUGGGGCUGCUUGGGUCAAGGAUGCUGGUGGUCAGGGGGUGCAGGGUUCCAGGGGUCCCAGUGCCGCCCCUGUUCUCCCCCACCACAGGUUUGUGGGCACUGCCCGGGCCCCCCACAGAACAGCUCCAUCGUGGCCCAGUUCUGCGCCUCGCGGGGCGACACUGAGAGCGAGGGGCGCUGCUGCCGGGAACGGGGCACCCACCCGGAGCAUGUCCUGGGGCUGGACCUGAGCAACUGCUCCCUGCACACCCUUCCCCCAGGGCUGAAUGAGGCUGCGGCUGCCAUCGUCCUGGACCUGACAGAGAACCCCCUGACGGACCUUCCUGACGGCUCCUUCAGGGGCUUCACCCGCCUGCAGCGCCUUGCUCUGCCACUGGAUCUGGACUGUCCAGGCGGGAGCAGCGCAUGGGAAGUGGUGACAAUACUCAAGAGCAGCCGACUCUGCCAGGGCCAACAGAACCCCUGCAACGGCUCCAGGGAGCUUGUCUGGCCAUGCCCUGAGAAUUCCGUCUGCGCGCCGGAUGGCCCCGGCAUGGUGCAGUGCCUCUGCCAGAGCCCCUUCCAUGGGUACAAGUGCCUGCGUGAGGGUGCCUUCCCUACAUUCCUCUUCUGUGGGGUCCUGGGAGCCGUCACCCUGUGCCUGGCCCUCCUGCUGUGGGGCACCCAGCGCCGCAAAGCCAAGACCCUCUGAGCAGGGACAGGGGGCAGCGCCUCUGCUGGGUGGGUGGGGGUCCUGGGUGCGUGGGUGCUCUGGGUGUCAGGGUCCCAGUGUGAGGGGGUCCCUGGGUGCUGGGUGCUCUGGGUGUGUGGGUGCUCGAGUAUCGGGGUCCCAGCGUGAGGGGGUACCUGGGUGCUCUGGGAGCCAGUGCCCUGGGUGUGUGGGUGCUCUGGGUGUUGGGGUCCCAGCAUGAGGGGGUCCCUGGGGGUGUGGGUGCUCUGGGUAUCAGGGUCCCAGCGUGAGGGGGUACCUGGGUGCUCUGGGUGCCAGUGCCCUGGGUGUGUGGGUGCUCUGGGUGUUGGGGUCCCAGCAUGAGGGGGUCCCUGGGUGUGUGGGUGCUCUGGGUAUCAGGGUCCCAGCGUGAGGGGGUCCCUGGGUGCUGGGGGCUCAGUGUGUAAAGGGCUCAGGGCAUGGGAGUCUCAGGGCGUGGGGGUCCCUGAGUGCAGGGAUUUGUGCCUGCAGAGGUCCCUGAGUGCAGGGGCCCUGGGUAUGGGGGGCCCUGGGUGCGGGGGGGCACCCUGGCCACAGAGGGUCUCUGGGUGCAGGGUUGAUAUGAAAAAUGCUGGCAAAUAAAACUCUCUUAAAACUCG